CGGUUUACGAGUUUACGACCACUCAUAAUUCAGAUUGGGGCUGGAGCUCUUUACCUAUAGGGCAUAGGCUAUAACUAUUGAAGUAUUGAUUACGGCCUACCGGCUACCACCUACGGUAGUACAGACUACAGACGUGUCAAGAACAUGUUCAUUGUUCAGUAUCGAACUAUCGACAGUAAUCAAGUACUAAMUACUACAAGUCACGAGUUUACAACAAUACAACUGCUCUACCRAGACUGAACAUCUGACAAAGUGUUAAGUGACAAAUAAUAACUGUUUAUUGUUUAGUGGCUUAGUGCUGACUGCUGAGUGUAACAGUUUCCCGCGCCCCAACAUCAAUCUGUCGUCACCUGUUCUGCUGCUAUAUACACAUUMAUUUCUCGUUACGUACGGUUUUCAACAUUUUCGGUUUCGAUUAAUUUUUCAUCCUCUUCCAACAAGACGUAUAUCCAGACCUCGAAAAAUUCUCAUUUCUAUYGUCAUGAUGCGCCGACGGUUGAGUUUCAUCGGUGGUGGAGAGUGUUGCGAUCCUGGCACGCUCACUGAAAGCAUCGUCGAGUCUGACAUCCAGCGACAGAUACGUGACAGGUUUGAUGACGAGUGUCCAUACUCAUUGACUAGGAAGUCUGUGCGAAACAGCCCCCGUGCACGAAACUGCAACUCACAAGUAUGGCAGGUGGCUGUCAACACGGUGGCAAAGAAACGCGAUACACUCAGGCGCAGUGUCAGCUCAGUAUUCAGGUCAAUGAACAAACUCAGGACUGGAUUCAAAGUGGCAGCACAGAAAUUACGACCAUCAACUAGACGUCGUUUUAAAUUGGAUGAAUCGCCUCUGACUCCUAAUACGCCCAGAACCCGGUCUAAAUGUUUGUUGGGCAGAACGCCCACCAAGAUGUAUAGUCCUUUUGCCAUUGAUACGCCACCGUCAUUACGUAGGCGAUUUGCUUACAGAAGAAAUCAAAAUAUUGACACUGAAAGUAAUAAAUCAGUGAAUGGAAAAAGUGAAUCUAAUAGUUAUGAAGCAACAAAUAAUGAAAAUAAGCAACCAACAAUCAAUUUAAAUAAAGAAGAUGAAAAUUAUGGAAGCUUAAUAUAAGUAUUAAUUGCAAAAGAAUACUGCACAAUUUAGCACUUUUUGCAAAAAAAACUAGAUAUUAAAAGUAUAGUGAAUGUAUACUGGGUAUGUUGUUUUUGCAUAACACAUUUUACUCUAUUAUUUUUUGUACUAUCUAUUUUAAUUUUUAAAUAUUUAAAUUAA